AUGGCCCCUCUCAUCCGUGUUAUCGGCUCCCUCAAUGCCGACAUGGUCUCCAUUACACCCAGAUUCCCGAAUCCAGGCGAAACGAUCACCUCCUCAUCCUACUUCACCAGCGCAGGCGGCAAGGGCGCAAACCAAGCCGUCGCAUGUGGGCGGAUGUCCAGAUCCAAACCAAAGGGCGAUGCUAGUUCCAAUAGCAACGUACAUGUUGAGAUGAUGGGCGCGGUAGGGGCAUUGGAUGGACACUUUCCUGCCUUGUUGAAACCGACACUUGAGCGAUCGGGUGUUGAUGUGUCACGGGUCAAGAUUGUGGACAAUGCCUACACGGGAGUAGCAGUGAUUAUUGUUGACUCGUCUGCUGGUGGAGAGAAUCGAAUUGUCUUCUCGCCUGGUGCGAACUACGAUGGUAUGCAGCCGACACCAGAGGUGCUGGGUAUGGCUCUGGCGGCGCCUAUGCCGGACGUUAUUGUCAUGCAGGGCGAGAUCCCGGUCGAUACUAUCAUCGGUACAUUGCGAGAGAUUGCAGCGCACAAGAAGAAGAGCCGCGGUGCUGGAAAACGCGGCAUUGAGUGCGGUCCGGAUGUCAUGCUGAACCCGGCACCUGCCCCGCCUGACGGUCUGCCGGAGGAGGUGUAUGCCGGUGUUGAUCAUUUGAUUCUAAAUGAGACGGAGGCCGGACUCAUGACGCCGCCUACGGAACAGUUACUCCGCACAGUACCCGAAGCAGGAACCCUAGACGGGAAGGAGAAGGUUGCUCGAUACUUCCACAAGCUCGGUGUGACGUAUAUACUUAUCACACUGGGAGCCAAGGGUGUUUGGUACAGCGCUGCAGAUGGGGGCUCAUCCGGGCCCAGCGAUGGAGUGCGUCGAUUUACUAUUGAGCUCCCAGCCGCGCCUGUCUCACGGGUCCUGGAUACCACUGCCGCGGGUGACACAUUCGUUGGAGGGUAUGCUGUAAAUGUUGCGCGGUGGCGGGAGCAGCGUCGCGCGCAGGGCCAGGCUGGGCAAGACGUCACGGAUUCGGAGAAACCGGACCGAUACAAGACGAUUAUGGAUGAAGCGAUGCAUCGGGCUGUGCGUGCUUCUGCUCGGACUGUGGAACGUCAGGGUGCGAUGGACAGCAUUCCUUUCGAGGAUGAGUUCUAG